AUGUCUUCAAUGUUUGAAAUCACAGACUUGCAGAGUAUGUUUGUUUUAUUUAUUUCAUUUAAAUUAUUAAUUUUUUUUAUUCUAAAUAGAAAUCGGAGUUGGUUUGGCUGGUUUUGGAAUAUCGUUCCUAUUUUUGGGCAUGUUGUUGCUGUUUGACAAAGGACUUUUAGCUAUUGGCAAUGUAAGUUGUUGGUAGAAGUUUGUGAACAAUUAAUAUUUAAUGUUCUUGUCAACUAAAAAUGUUCAUCUUUCUUUUAUUAUAUUGUAUAUUUAUUUAGAUAUUAUUCAUUGUUGGUCUAAGCUGUGUUAUUGGAGUACAGCGGACAUUAAAGUUUUUUUUCCAAAGACAAAAAAUUAAAGCAUCUGUGUCAUUUUUUGGUGGGAUUUCAGUUGUUCUUUUUGGUUGGCCAAUUGUUGGAAUGUUAUUAGAAAUUUACGGAUUCAUACUUUUAUUCAGGUAAUUUGACAUUGAUUUAAUACCUACUAUGAUACCCAUUUAUGACACCCAUACAAAAAUAAAUUAUGUUUAGUUUAUUCAACCUAGUAACUUUAAAACAGAAGGUACUUAUUAUAUUAAUAUAAUAAUUAAGUGAAAUUUCAAAAAAUUAUAAAAUAUAUGUAUACAUUUUAGAUUCUUAGCGGUGGAAUGUAUUAGUUUUACUGUGAACAACUUUCCUACCAGAAAUCUUGCUCCGAUUUACAAUGACAGCACUUUUUCUUAAAUAAAAUCUAAAUGGGGAGGUACUUUAGAGAGAUUAUUUUUUAUUUUUUCCAGGAUUUUUCCCAUUUACUUGGAAAAACGUAGUGAAAACGGGAAAUUAAUUUCAAUAUAAAACAAAUAUUAUUAAAGAAAAUAUAUAAUGCAUAUGCAUUAUAUUACCAUAAUAUAACAUAUAUAUUGUUGACAAAGCAACACUAUCAACUAAACUCUGCUCGGAAUCAUGUUUUCUUUAGUAAUGGUUAAUCGUUUCGUUCAGAUGUACAUUCAAUUUUUCCUCUACUAUCUCCCAACGUCCCAUCUUUAACAGUUAGAACACCCGUACUCAUUAUCCUAAAACAGGAUUUUUUAAUUUGAGGAUAGUGUAAGACAUUCUAUAAUAAAUAGAUUGAUGACACUAAAAUUGGCCCAUCUCCUUUUAAUAAAAAUGUGCUUUUAAGUACAGUCUAUAUAAACCUGUAGUAAAUUAUUAAACCUUUUUUGACAAACAUUAUAUGUAUAAAUGCUUAAUUAAGCUUAUAAUUUAGAUUGUUAUUAAAAAUGUAAAACCUUUAAUGAGUAAGUCAGGAAAACAGGGGAAGGUUUUAGGAAUUAAGAUUAGCCAAAUAGUAUAAGAUUUAAUUUGAUAGUUUGAUGGUGUAUACUAUCUCCUAAAAUUGAAUAUUCCAAUCUUUAGUCUCAAAUAAAUAACAGUCCUAGGUUAAAAUGGGUUCUAAUUAGGUAUUCACAUUUAGAAAUGGUUUUUUAAAUAUAAGGAAAAAUGUUCAUAAAAUAAUAUUAUUAGUAGUGAAUUUGUAGGAAAGUGCAUUUUUUUUAGCUGACUGUGAAACUUAACUUUUUAAAUACAUAAUUUGAAUUAUGUAACAAUAAAUUAAUUUAUGAAACUUUUAUUUUCCAUUGUUUGAGGUUUGUAAUUCUUAAGGUCAUUUUUUGGACUUGUUAUGUCAUAUUUUCCUUUUUAGUUAAUUUUCCUGUAUUUUUUAUCAAAGUCUGUCAAUUGACAUUGUUACACACAUAUUUUUUGUUUUACAUAGGCUGUAUAUGGGUUAGGUAAAGAUAAGGAGUUGAUAAAAGAAAGUAAUAUUGCAAAAAUCAGCUUAGUCAACAUUCAAAUUCAAUGAACAUUUUUAUAAUUUUUUAUUUAUUAAAUAAAUUUGUAUGUGUAUAAUAUACUAAUAUCAGUAAUAUUAAAAUAAUUAUAAAAAUUAAAUUAAAAACCAUUUUAAGUGCAUUUUAUAUUGCUUUUUUUGAAACUUUUAAAUGCAUAUUUUAUGUAAUUUUUGAAAUUUGUUGUGCAUAUUUUGCGCAUUUUAAAGUUUUUUCACAGCCCUUAUUAUUUAAGACCUGAUUUAAUAGAUAUUGCAACUUUUUUUUUUUAUAUCAAAUUAAUCAAAUAUGUACACGAACCAGACUGAUAAUAAUCUUUCUACCUAUUUAAUUUUAUAUUGCAACAUUUUGAAAUUUGUGUGAUAUAAUAUAUAAAAUUAUAUGUUAGGUUAUUUUUCAAUAACCUAACAUAUAAUGACAGAUUCCCCCAGUGUGAUCUUAUAUUUAUAACCAUGUGCUUUGACCAUACCAAAUAAACACAUUUUGUUUUAUCUAUAACAUGUGGCACAUAAUCACUGUGUUUUUCGAUAUUACUUUCACCUGUGAAUAUGUUAAGAAUAUAAUUUUGUUUGAAAAAAAGUCAUUUUUAUUAUUUACAAUUAUUAUACCCAAAGUUAAAUCAAAUUUAAAAUGUAAAUUAUCUUGGAUUACUCCAUACAAUAAAAAUAAGAAUGUAUUUUCUACAGACAGUAAAUUUAUGUAAAUAUCAAUGGAAAAAAAGAAUUAAGACCAUAAAUCUAUUUUAUUAUUGUGCUAAUUAAAUAUACAUUUGACAUUGUUUAAUCACUGUUGUAGAUAGAACAAAUAUAUCACUGAUAUACCUAUAUCAGUAGUACAUAUCUAUAGUUAAGGGUUCAUUUUUGCUUGGUAUUAUUUUAAUUAUUAUUUUUGUUAACAAUGUUGUCAAAUUUGUUUUAUGUUGAUAUGCGAUUUAACAUUGCAACUAUCAAUUUUAUUUUUUGCAGUGGUUUCUUUCCAGUAGUCAUCAAUUUCAUGCGGAGGGUACCAUUAUUAGGUACCAUACUCAAUUUGCCCGGAAUUAGUGGAGUAAGUUGUUCAAAUAAGAAAGUAAGAUUAUAUUUAUUUUAUAUUGAUUUUUUUCAGUUAUUAGAUCGUGUGGCUGGUGAUACAAGACGAACGAUGGUAUGAUGAAACUAUGUGUUAAGAUUAUAAAUAUUUGAAUUAAUAACUUCAUAACAUUUUACUUUGUAAUAAGUAAUACCUAAUUUCUGAUAAAUAAUAUAUUAUUUUUAUUUUUUUUGUAAAUGAAGGAACUGUAAUUGUAGAUAUAUUAUUAGUUGAAUCUACAAAUUAUUAUACAUUUAUAAGAUACAAAUUGUAAAAUAUAUAUAUUUUUUUAAUGAAAAUCAUUUAACUAAUUUUAAAGAUUAUUACAUUUUAUAUUUUAUUUUUAGGAUUUCAAUUGA